AAAACGUAAACAAUUCAUCAUCACUGCAACACCUAAAACUUCUUCACAAAAAUUGCAGAAAAUACGUGAAAAUAAUUAAAAAUCUCUUCAAUUUAUUGCUGAAUCAAAGUUCUGAAUUAAUUGUAAAGAAGUUCUAAGAAUAAUUUGUGAGAGAAAAUGAUUGAAAUCACCUGCAAUGAUCGAUUGGGCAAAAAGGUGAGAGUUAAAUGCAAUCCGGAUGAUACUAUUGGGGAUCUGAAGAAAUUAAUAGCCGCACAAACAGGGACAAAAUACGAUAAGAUUGUGCUGAAAAAAUGGUAUACAAUCUUCAAGGAUCACAUAAGACUAAUUGACUAUGAAAUCCACGAUGGGAUGAACCUGGAGCUGUACUAUCAAUAGACGACUUUUUAGCAUGAUUACAAUCUUGAUUUAUUUUUUGGAAUAAUAAAAGGAUUUCCAGGCAAAUUAGGUA